AUGAGUGGCAAUGGCGAGCAGUCACCGACGACGGCCUCCGCGGCCUACGAUUCAUACGACGACGCUCGAAAGAUAGUCAGGUUGUUUCAGUGCUCACAGUGCUCAUAUCCUCUGAGAGAACCUUUGACCUUGCCAUGUGGCAACUCCCUAUGCAAACCAUGCCUCCCUCCUCUAUACAAACGAGAAAACAUCACAUAUCCACAAGUCGAAGGACGAGCAGAGGGAUUUAUAUGUCCCUUCAAGGACUGCGGCUUGGAACACUCUCUAGCGGACUGCGGCACCGAUGUCACGCUUAACAAGAUCCUAGGCGUCGUCAAAGAAUAUGUGGGACGAUACAAGACUGAGACUCCCGAAAUCCCUGUUCUCCUGGACGAAAAGCCUGACCUCGCUGUUGUGGCUGAUUCGGCCAUGGACUUCAUGCCCAGGUCACGUGUCCUACUGGGUGGUCGCAUCGUGGCCUCGUUUGUUCUGGCAGAUAUGGGUGAACUGAAUUAUCACUCAGAUCUCUCAUAUACUGCCAUCGAUCCCAACUCAAUUGAGUCGAUCCGCGCGCUCGAUACCGCCGUACUUUCGACCCUUCAAGAGACGGUCCGGUCUGAGCUAGAAUGCCAAGUAUGCUAUCAGGCCAUGUUGGACCCGUUGACCACAGCCUGUGGCCACACCUUUUGUCGGAAAUGUUUCGCCCGAGCAAUGGAUCAUGCCAAUGUUUGCCCGAUGUGUCGUCGAAGACUACCUGUCCUGCCGAGUGCAUCAGCCGAACCAAGUAACAAGAGAAUCACAUAUCUCCUUCAACAUUUGUUACCAGAAGCUCUUGCUGCUCGGCUUGAGAUUGCUCAACAGGAAGAUGCGAUCGAUGAGCAAUCAAGACUACCGCUAUUUCCCUGUACCUUGGCCUAUCCACAAAUGCCGACCUUCUUACACAUUUUUGAGCCGCGUUAUCGUUUGAUGAUCAGAAGGGCAAUGGAGUCAGGCUCCCGAAAGUUUGGAAUACUCAUGUAUCGGCAAGAUGGACCUGUACCCGGUCAACCCAGUUUUAUGCCAUACGGCACGGUCCUUUACAUCGAAAGAUUAGAAAUGCUACCAGACGGUCGCAGCCUCAUAGAAACGCGAGGGAUGUAUAGAUUUCGAGUCAUCAACACUUCGGUGGUUGAUGGUUAUCUUGUUGGAGAGGUUCAACGCAUUGACGACAUUCCGGUACACGAAGAAGAGAGUAUUGAAGCUCAAGAGACGAGCUGCGUACCCACCACAAUGAACGAAGAUGAAGCCCGAAUACAACAAAUGUCGACCCAACGUCUCUUGGAGUAUGCUUCAGACUUUGUGGAGCAAGCCAGAUCAAGGUCAGCACGUUGGCUCCAUCAACGUGUGCUCGCUGCAUAUGGUCAGCCGCCAAGCGACCCCGCAGUUUUUCCAUAUUGGCUUGCUAGUGUUCUGCCAAUCUCGGAGUCUGAGAAGUAUCUCCUGCUUCCAGCUACCAGUGUUAGGGAACGGUUGAAGAUUGUGGCAAGAUGGAUCCAACGGCUGGAAGCAGCCAGGUGGGGGUUCGAAGCCGAACAGCGCGCAUUGGCGCUCGCCCGUGAACACCAACCGACUGCAGAUAGCACGCCACCCCCACCACCCGAUGCUACAGAGAACACAUCAGACGACUGCUGA